AUGACACGCUCCGCCCUAGUCUGCGCCUUCCUGGCGGCACUCCUGGUGGCGGCACAGGCCACCGACUUUUCGGGCGCUCGCCGCCAGCUCCUGCAGGGCGGCGGCAGCGCGAGCGCGUCCAGCAGCGCCGGAGCCUCCUCCAAUGACGCCGAUGGCAUGGCGGCCGCGUCAAGCAAUGUCGUGGUGACGGAGGGCACCGGCGUCGCCGAGGCGUUCGCCAGCACCGAGAUCAACGAGCAGUCCGUCGCUGCUGUGAAGGAAAUCUGGGUGAGGGCGAGGGAAGUAAUCCCUGAGAACGCCUCUUGUGAAGAUGUCCGCCUGGGCGUCGAUGCGGAGGUUAUGGAGUCCGUGUCGGCAAUCGCGGAAGUGUACGCCAGCGCCUUUGGGACUGUCACCAUCGAUGGAACGGGAGAGGGCUGUGCUGAUGCCGCUGCUUCAGGCGACGCCACUGCGACAGCAUACUUGCAGGUCAUCAUCGAUGUUGCUGUUGAGCUCGUGUUUGAAGGAGAUGAGGACAAGGCCAACGAAUCAUUUGCCCAGGCAUAUGGCGAUCUUGUUACCGCGAACGUUGCCCAGGCUUGGGCUGAGGCAUUUGCCAGCGGCUGUGCUUCUGCGGAGGCUGGCAGCUCAUUCAUCCUCGCAGAGCAGAACUCUUUCGCCAGGGCUGUGGCCUCCCCCAUCGUCAUCGGCUUUGCCUGGGCCGAAGUUGGCCAGUCUUGUGGCGAGGAGGCAUUCUCUGAGUCCGAGAUCUUUGGCGAGAUCACGGGCGACGACGACAACGUGGCGGAGGUUGACUCCACCGCCAUCGUCGAGGGCAUGGGCACGGCAGAUGCCACCGGCGACGCCGGCGCAGGCACAAUGGAGGUGGACCCGGCCGAUGUGAAAGUUGUUGACGACAAGAUUGCAAACCUCAAGAAGUGCACGGGCAGCCAGGGCGUGUGCUGCCGCACAGACGAGGAUAUCUGCCGCUGCACGCUCUCCAGCCGCGAGAGCGCGUUCAGGUGCGCCGCCACCAAGCAGGUUGGCUCCGACAAGACCCUGUGGACCGAGCCCAACGUCGAUGCCAAGACCGGGGCGUUCGAGUGUUGGUGUGACAACUAG